AAAGCCUCAAUCUGAGACGCUCGACGCUUCAGAAGAAGAAAAAAACAGACCCAAUCCAGCGCUCCGCGGCCGCCGAGAGCUCCCGGCGAGCGCCACCCAUGCUGCGCGUCCUCGUAUCCACCCUCCCCGCCCUCCGCCCGCUCCUCCGGCGCCAGCCUCUGCUAAACCCUAAACCCCUCACUCGCUCUCGCCUGCCGCAGCGGGCGUUCUGCGCGCUAUCGUCCUCCGCGCCUCCCGCCACCCCGGCGCCCAGCGCCGCGGGGGCGGGAGAGGCGGUUGAAGUGGAGGAGCACCUGACGCGGUGCGCGGCGGCGAGCCGGGCGCCGUUGCGGGUCGCGGUGCUGGUGAGCGGUGGGGUGGACAGUAGCAUCGCGCUCCGCCUCCUCCACGCCGCCGGCCACCGCUGCACCGCGUUCUACCUUAAGAUUUGGUUCCAGGAAGAUUUCAGGAACUUUUGGUCCGAGUGCCCGUGGGACGAGGAUUUAAAGUAUGCGCAAGCUGUUUGUGACAAGAUUGAUGUGCCAUUGGAGGUGGUUCAUCUGUCCGAUGAGUAUUGGAACCAUGUGGUAUCUCACAUCAUCAAUGAGUAUCGCUGCGGCCGCACACCAAAUCCUGAUGUUCUUUGCAAUACAAGAAUAAAGUUUGGGGCUUUCUUAGAAGCUAUUGAAAAUCUGGGAUUUGACUACAUAGCUUCAGGACAUUAUGCACAUGUAAUCCAUCCUUCUGAUGAAAAUACUGAGGCGCCAUCGCUACUACAAUUAUCAAAGGAUAAGAUCAAAGAUCAGACCUAUUUUCUCUCUCAUCUAUCUCAGUCUCAACUAAGAAGGCUUCUUUUCCCGCUAGGAUGUAUGAAAAAGGAUGAGGUGCGCAGACUGGCUGCUCAAAUGGGCCUUCCUAAUCAAGGUAGAAAGGACUCACAAGGGAUAUGCUUUCUUGGAAAGGUUAAGUUUAGUGAGUUUGUUGAAAGACAUAUAGGUGAGAUGGAGGGAAUUAUAUUGGAAGCUGAAUCCGGAGAUUACCUAGGUAACCACCGGGGGUUUUGGUUCUAUACAAUUGGUCAACGACAAGGAUUGCGGCUUGCUGGAGGACCUUGGUAUGUAGUUGAGAAAGAUGUUCAAAACAAUGUGGUUUUCGUAUCAAGGAAUUACUAUUCGCUGGAUAAGCGGAGGCGCAGAUUUCAUGUUGGAUCACUAAACUGGUUUGAUGAUUCUGGUCCUGGAAACAGUGAACAACUUAAAUGCAAGGUGCGGCAUAGCCCUGAAUUCCAUGAUUGCGUGGUGACAAAAGGGCAUACCGAAGAAAAUGGAGAUGUUUUGGUGGUGCACCUCUCUGAAGAUGACCAGGGAUUAGCAGCUGGUCAGUUUGGAGCGUUUUACCGCGAAGACUUAUGCCUGGGUUCAGGCAUAAUUUUGGAUUCGUGGGAUGAGAUGAGCUUUCCCGUCUGCUCAAGGGCACUUGAAAUCGCUAAAUUGGAGGACAAGUCGAGCCUAGGGAAGCCAGUAAGAAUCAUGAACUUGGAGCACAUAGUGAAAUCAGAACAGGAGGCAAUCAAAGUGGCCUGACGGUACCCAGCUGAUCCUACAAAGCUAUACACUGGCAGUUUCGCGAGCCCUGUCGAAGUGUCAAUUCAGGAAAGACCGAAAGAGGGAACCCGGGGUGUUCCGGAAACUAUCGUUGUGCUGCCCCCAAGCCGGGAACUCCAGGUCUUUGUUGGAAAGAUGGCGGUGGCAUGCUGUUGGGGAGCUUGCGUUUCAGAAGAGCAGUGCUCGACUGGUAGAAUGAAUAAUAUUCUGUGAGAGGGAAUAAGUCGUAAUAAGCCAGCCGAGCACUGUUCAUUGGGCCAGCCGAACAGGCUCAAGCUUUGCUUCCGGAUAGAACCGGUUUUCUGGCGUCCUCAUCCAUGCAAGGAUGAAAGGUUGAUUGGUUGACCUGACAUCGACAUAGAUCGUUGACAGUUAUUUCCCGAUCUGGCGGGAAACCACACGAUGGUUUGGGCCCGCCCUCUCCUGGGUCGAAGGAUCUGGAUUCAUUAGCCAGCAGUGGUGCGGUAAACUAAUGCAGGGAGGUCGUUGCGUUGUAUGAUACUGAUACGACUUUGUAACUUGCAUAAAUCGUGAGGAUAACGUCGGCGCGUGAUUCAACGGUACUGGCCAUUAGACAAAUCAUGCGUGGAUCGAAA